AUGGAGAUGUUGGUAAAGUUAAUGUACCUCGAUCUACAUGGCACAAAGAUCAAGACACUACUAGAAGGAGUGUUGGGGAAGCUGGUGAACUUGCAAUAUCUGGUGAUUAAAAAAGUGACGGCAAAAGAGGAGGAAGAGGAAGAAGAGGAAGAGGAAGAGAUAAAAUUAACAAAGGUGGAAGGAUUCUAUUGCUCUGUUCUAAAUGUUGAAACAUUCAAUGCAUGCGUGAGGCUUCUCAAGCGAAACAGCUCCCAACCAUAUGAACUGUGGUUGAGUGAAUCAAAAGACCACUCCUUUAGAAAUAUGCAUGAGAGGCAUAUAAUCAUCAAAAGUUGCCGUAGUAUUGCGGCAAGGGUAGAUGGAGCAAUUGGUGGAGAUGGCCACGCUCUACUUCCAAAAAAUGUGCAAGUACUGGAAGUAGGACGGUGCGAUGAGGUGACAAGUUUGUGCAAGGUAGGCCCACUUUAUAAUCUAGAGGAGCUGAAGAUAGAGAAAUGGGAGAAGCUGGAGGAGCUGGGUGCUGUCCACUUCCCUCGCCUACGGAGACUAUAUAUCUCUGGGUGUUCCAAACUGAAGCGUCUCUUGAAGAAGGGGCAUGAGCUCCAAUAUCUACAAUGGUUUAAAAUCGAGGGCUCAGAGGAACUAGAGAGGAUUGAUAUAGCGGCACCUUCUCUUUAUAGUAUAGAAGUGUACAGGUGUCCUAAAAUGAAGAGGGUGGUGGAAUGGGAGUGGCUGGAAAGUCGCCUUUCCAAUCUGAGGUCCAUUAAAAUAAAACAUUGCGAGCAAUUAAAGGAGAUAAUAGGUGAGGGCUACCGCCGACCCGGUGCAACUUAUUGUCUUGCAAAGAUUGAAAUAGAAGGAUGCAAGAGGCUGGAGAGGGUGCUGAUGACGUGGGGCCUCCCGCUGAGCGUCCCUUUCCUCCGACAUUUAUCAGUCAAAGACUGCAAGGGCAUAAAGGUGAUAAUAAGCUCUGCUCCCGCCACGAUGCAUCCCAACUCAAAUUUAACACACCUGACUCUAUGGAAACUUCCGGCGCUGGAGGCCAUAUAUGAUGAGACCGUGAGUUGCCAUUCAAUCGAAUGUAUCGAUAUAAGAAAUUGUCCGACGCUGAAGAGGCUUCCUAAGAUUGACAAUGGGGUCCCUUGUCCUCCCCGCGUUGUUAAUAAUUUUUGGAUAGAUAAGCAGCUGUCGCGGUCGCGGUUGCUGGAGUGGCGCCAGUCCCUUUUCCAACCUGUACUUGAACGCUUAGCCAGGAUUCAUGAACCUCGUGAAGAAGAGGUUUCCGAUCAAAGCAUCGUUAAAUAUAUCAACCGUAUUGCGGCAAGGGUAGAUGAAGAAAUUGGUGGGGAUGGCUGCAAUCUACCUCGGAAAGAUGUGCAAGUACUGACGGUAGGAAGUGGAGCGACAAGUUUGAGCAAGCUAAGCUCACUGAAGAAUCUAGAGGAGCUGACUGCAGAGGAUUGCGAGAAGUUGGAGGAGCUGGGUGCUGUCCACUUCCAUUGCCUGCGGGUACUGAAAAUCGCUCGGUGUUCCAAACUGAAGCAUCUCUCGGUGAAGGGGGAUGGGUUUCCACAUCUACUAUGGUUUAAAAUCGAUGGUUCGGCGGAACUGGAGCGGAUUUAUUUAACUGCGCCCAGUCUAAAACUUAUGGAAGUGUCCCAGUGUUCUAAAAUGAAAAGAGUGGUGGAAGGGGCCUGGCUGGCCACUAGCCUUCCAGAUCUGAAGUCCAUUAGAAUACAACAUUGUGAGAAAUUAGAGGAAAUAAUAGGCGGGCCAUUGCCAACCAAGCACACUUGUCUUACAAAGAUUGAAAUAGAUAGAUGCGACAACAUGAAGGGGGUGCUGCUGACGCAUGACGUGUUGCCCCACCUCCCUUCCCUCCAACAGAUUACAGUCGAAAACUGCAAGGGCAUAAAGAUGAUAAUAGGCACUCCUCCCGACAUGACACUACCCUCCUUCGCAAAGUUAACACGCCUGACUCUAAGGAAUCUUCCGGAACUGAAGGGGGUAUGUGAUCGGAUGGAGAGUUGCGAUCACAUUGGCGAUCGCAUCCACUUUAUUGAAAUAUCACGAUGUCCGAAGCUGAAGAGGAUUCCUUUGCCACUGCACCGACGUGACGAUGGCCUCCUGCCAUUGCACCGACGUGAUGAUUGCCUCCUUUCUCCUCCCCGCUCCCUUGGACAGAUUUUGAUAGAUCAGGAGACGUGGCAAGCGCUGGAGUGGGACCAUCCCCUUGCCUGUAUCUCCCUCGAACCCUUCGUCGAGUUUAUUACUGCCAGAAUGGUGAAGCUGCAGAUAAUCGUUGAGGAUGAAUUGUCUUCUGAUAGCAGUGGACAUCAAAGUUAUCGCCAUUACCACGUCGUCCUGCUCGAUUGAUUUUUGAAGUACCUCCGAUUCCUGUGAUGACAUAUGUUUAAUUUGUUUAUGCCUUCUUUUCUUAUCUGUGAUAAGCAUCUCUGUAUUUCUCGGUUUGUCUUCCUUGUCAAUUAUAAACUAAUAGCUGACCAAA